GACUGGCUCAGUUGCGAGAACGAGUUGUAGUGGAAGAGUGUGUGUGAGUGGGAGUAGUGGUGGGUCGUCUUAAUGUUUUAUGUUUAACGUGUGAAAAGAAGAUCUGUGGUGAGUGACGGAGAUGGAGGUACGGUUACGUAUGCAGCUAUUGCUAUCAGUGGUGGUGCUGUGUCUAACAGUUAUCUGUGCACAGAAGCAGUCAGUAGGUCUACAGAACCCCUGCACGAGCAAGCAAACUUGUAGUGAAUGUAUAAGGACUCCAACAUGUGCAUGGUGCAUGCAGCCGUCUAUGCGUGACGGCAAGCGUUGUUUUCAACCGAGUAGCAGCCUGGACUGGACACUCCACUGUGAUGAGAAAUAUGUUUACAAUCCUGACAAUGAGUACAGUAUAAUCCUCAAUCAGAAGCUGAGCAAGGGAAGUAGGACACGCUACCAGUCUAGCAGCAGUGGGACUUUCAUAAAGGGGAGCAGCAGCAGUGGCAGCUCGAGUGUCAUCAGCGGCGGCAGCAGCAGUGGCGGCACCAUCAGCGGUGGCGGUAGCAGCAUCAGUGGCGGUGGCAGCAGUGUCAGUGGCGGUGGCAGCAGCAGCAGCAGUGGCGGUGGAUUCUACGCAGAGAGCCAUUCCGAGGCAGUGCAGAUUGCUCCUCAGAGGGUGUCAUUGAAGCUCAGACUGAAUCAGGCCUAUCGGAUCAGAUUUGAAUAUGCCCAAGCAGAGGAUUAUCCUGUUGAUCUGUACUAUUUAAUGGACCUUUCAAAAUCUAUGGAAGAUGACAAGGAUAAGUUAUCAAGCCUCGGAACAUUACUAGUCGAUUCCAUGAGAAAUAUUACAUCAAAUUUUCGACUUGGUUUUGGUUCGUUUGUUGACAAAGUUGUUAUGCCGUAUGUGAGCACAGUACCAAAGAAAUUAAAGGAACCGUGUUCUGGAUGUGAAGCACCAUAUGGCUUCGUAAACCGUAUGUCACUAAGUGAGGAUGUAGACACAUUUUCUGAUAAAGUGAGAGAUGCAGCAGUGUCAGGAAAUCUGGAUGCUCCUGAAGGCGGUUUUGAUGCUAUCAUGCAGGCAGUUGUCUGUAGAGACAAAAUAGGCUGGAGAGAGAAGGCCCGACGACUCCUUGUGUUCUCUACGGAUGCUGGAUUCCACUAUGCUGGUGAUGGCAAGCUUGGUGGCAUUGUUAAGCCGAAUGAUGGAGAGUGUCACUUGGACAGUAGUGGGCUUUAUACUCAUUCAACUAUACAAGAUUAUCCAUCUAUAUCACAGCUGAAUUUGAAAGUCAGAGACAACUCAAUUCAUGUGAUAUUUGCUGUGACUGCUGAGCAGUUUUCUGUUUAUGACCAGCUGCGGACAUAUGUUGAAGGCUCAUCAUCAGGACAGUUGUCUGCAGAUUCUUCAAAUGUUGUAGAUCUUGUAAAAGAUCAAUACAAUAAAAUUUCUUCAUCUGUGGAAAUGAAAGAUAAUGCCAGCAGUGCAGUGAGAAUCACAUAUUAUACAAGUGGCUUAUCUGGAGGAGCAAUGAAGCAAACACAUAAGGUUGAUGGUUUGAAAGUGGGCUCAAAAGUUAAGUUUGAAGCAGAAAUUGAAGUGACAGAGUGCCCAAAGAACCGAAAAGAUUGGCAGCAGCUUAUCCGGAUCUAUCCAGUUGGUGUCAAUGAAAGUCUUCUUGUGGAUUUAACAAUAUUAGGCGACUGCCCCUGUGAACGCAAGUCACAUCCUACUUACAAAGAGAAUGCCAUUGAAUGUUCGGGAGCUGGAACAUAUAUGUGUGGCAUAUGUAAAUGUGAUGCUCAACACUUUGGUCGCAAGUGUGAAUGCAGCAGUGAGAGUGGAGGCAAAGAAUUUGAAGGUGUGAACACAUGCCGACCAGACAACACAUCAACUGUUGACUGUUCAGGACGGGGAACAUGUAUAUGUGGAGUGUGUGAGUGUGAUUCUCGGCCCAAUCCGUAUGAGGUUGUAUCAGGCACAUAUUGUGAAUGUGACAAUUUCACAUGUGAAUAUUCUCAUGGUGAAAUAUGCUCUGGCCCCAGUCAUGGUAUCUGUGAUUGUGGAAAAUGUAAAUGUAAGCCAGAGUGGACAGGUGUUGCUUGUGACUGUCCAGUGUCCAACCAGACUUGUAUAUCACCCAUAAAUGGGGAGGUAUGUUCUGGACAUGGCGAAUGCAAUUGUGGAACUUGUUUGUGUGAUGACGAUGGUGGUGAGAAUCGUUACACAGGAAAAUUCUGUGAAAGGCGACCGGGUGUGAAACCACCUUGUGCUGUGUUUAAAGACUGUGUGCAAUGUCAAAUGUAUCAUAAAGGAAUUCUAACAGAAGAAGAAUGUGCAAAUUGUACAUUUGUACCAAUUUCUGUUGAUUAUGUUGAAGCGGAUGAGGACAAGGGAGAAGUUUUCUGCUCUUAUUACGAUGAAGACGACUGCCAGUUUCGUUUUGUAUAUGCCUUUAAUGACACAGGCCAUGUUCUGGUUAGAGCUCAGGAAGAGCUCGACUGCCCUGCAGAAGUUUAUGUCUUAGGAAUUGUACUUGGUGUUAUAGCUGCAAUUGUUCUCAUUGGUUUGGCAUUCAUUUUGCUCUGGAAAGUUCUCACAACAAUUCAUGAUCGACGAGAAUUUGCCCGAUUUGAAAAGGAACGAAUGAUGGCCAAAUGGGACACUGGUGAAAAUCCAAUCUACAAGCAAGCAACAUCUACUUUCAAAAACCCAACAUAUGCUGGAAAGUGAUCUGCUUGUACUGCUGCCUGUAGCAGAGAGACCUUAUUUGAAAAUUACUGCCUUUACAGUGAGGACCCAGGGGAGCAAAAUUUGUGAACUUGAUGACUUCAGUAAUUUAGUCAUACUAAUAAUUCUAUUUGUAUGCGUAAGAUUUAUCAGUUGAUCUGGAAAAACUCUUUUGGUUUUUACUUUUACAUUUUUCUCUGACAAACAUUUGUCCAUUGGUGCAGAUGAAUAGAAUGCAAAAGUGUUGACUUGGAACAAUGCUUUUGAAGGUGAACAUAUUAAACAGCAGUCAACGCUCAGGUGCAUUAUUGUGCCUCUUCUUAUCUACAGUAUUUGUAUUUUAUAUCAGAUAAUUUACAAAUUUUAAUUAAUAUUCAGCACAGUUAUUUAAGCAGUGUUUGCGUAUGGAAGCAUUUGGGAACUUAGUUUUUUCAGAAUGUAAUGCACGAAAUUUUUAAUGAUCUCAGGCAUGUUCUGGUCCAUGUUCUUCCAUACUCACAUAAAUCAAGCAAACUAAUGCUGUUUAAAAUAUUUUGAUGUAUCAUCAGACUUUUGAAGUAAUAACAGUGCUAUGCUGUUUUCCAGAAUGAUAUUUACCACAUAUACUAUUGCACUGAUUGGAACAGUGCAUUCCUUCCAAUUUAAUAUCACUGUCUUUGAGCCGCUUAAACACCGCUGUUAUUCAUUGGUGUUAUUUAUUAUGUUCAGUCCAGUUAAUGAUAAUCAGUUAAAAUGUUCCAGCUAGUAGUUUUAAACAAGCAGUUUUUGAAGAUUUUUUUUUUCUAUGUGGUAUUGAUGUUUCUAAGGAGAUACAUAUCACAUACUUUUGUACCAGUUUUCUGGUGUAGUACAUUGAGUUAUAUAUAUGUGGUGCUGUUAUUUCUUGUGCUAAGUUGGAGAAUAAGUGAUCAAAGAAAACGAAUGAGUUCAGUGAAAUUUACUGGUUUCUUGGUGAAUGUCUUACAUGAUGCCUUCAUAACAUGAUGUGCCUUAGUUUUUUUAAAAAAAGAAUGAUAGUGUUAUGGGAUAAUCUUCAUAAAUAUGUUUACUGUGCAGUUAUAUGUGCAACUGAAGUCAACGUUUCUUCGUAGGACACAUCCAGUUAAGAUGAACAUUUAAUAUUUGUUGAUCGUUUUGAAUCUCUCUACAAAGCUGUGGCUGAAACAUAAACUGGGAAAAAUUAUUUUAGAUUUUAUACUGUUUUGUAAUACACAAAAAUAUCUUGUAAAUAUCUAAUAUUUAUAUAAAAGAGGAUGAUUUUGCCAAUUAUUUUCAGGAAAGGUUUACGUAUACUGUCUCCACCUUCAUAGGUGCACAUGUUGAAUAGACGUAUGUAAAGCUGAGUAAAACAAUUAUUUGUGUGUGUGUGUGUGUGUGUGU